AGACUUUCCUGAGAUACUCAUAAUCAAGUAUAUCUAUUACCUACCUUAGUGUUGUUAAGGGGAUACGUUUACUUGCCUGUGAAUGAGAAAAAGUUUGUGAUAUGUGUGAAAGUAUUUUUCAGUGUUUAACUUAGUUUAAUGCAAAAAUUUGACAUUUGUAGAGUGCGAAGAGUGAGCGUGAAUAGCUAUAUAGGAAAGCUUUGACUGUCGUUCGAAUCAACAGGCUUGUAAGAACAUGCUGCUAGGGAAGACAUGGAACCAAAAGUUAAGCGACUAAAACCGCAUAUGGCAUCUCAGUUCCCAGCUGGGCCGCCUAUGCAAGCCAGUGCAAUGAACGCUGCCCAGAUGUCGUCAUUUGUUGCUGGUCAACCAAUCACUAUCCACACAGCUUCACAAGGCAUGUAUCCAUAUGCGCAUUGGGCCAAUGCUGCCACAGGUUCACCUCUUGUGCAGUGGGCAAAUGCUGCUACUGGCACCCCUGUGAUUCAGCGUGCUCGUGCUGCUUCUGGGCCAACAGUCAGACAUCGACCGGAUGCUGCGACGGCUGCUGGUCCACCUCUAAUACGCCGAAACACCACUGUACAAUCCAGAGUAUGCCAGAGUGUUACGAACAGGUCUGGCACAUCCAACUGCUUGCCGCCACUGUCUCAGACUUCUAGUGCAGCUGGACUGCCUCUCAUAAAGUGCACUGCUGCAGGAUCACCUGUUGUGCAGCAAGCAACCAACUGCCUAGCUCAAAAAGAUACCUCUGCAGUCCCUGCCAACAGGUCAGCACUACAUGUCACACUCUCUACUUUUGGCUCAUCUGUUCAGGUCGCCACUAUGUCAUCUGACGGUUCUGCGCUGACUGCUGCUUCAGUUUCUUCUGACGGUUCUCUGAUGCGCGCCACUUCAAUUGUGUCUGAUGGGUCAUCACUGCAUGCCACAGCCAUUAUAUCAAAUGGAUUGUCAUUGCAUGCCACAGCUGUCAGUACUGACAAGUCGUCUUUACAUGCAACAGCGAUCAGUUCUGAUCGGUCCUCUUUGCACACUACAGCUGUUAGGUGUGAAGGAUCAUCUCUGCAUGCCACAGCUAUCAAGGCUGCAGGUUCAACUCUUUCUGCUGCAGCAGUUACCUCUGAUGGUACAUUUCCAAGCACUGCUGUCGUUACCUCCAGUGAGUUAGCCAGUUGUCCAAAGCCAAUAAAUUCAGGCAGGAGGUCUCCAGAAGCAGAAGUUGGAGACUGUGAAGGGCCAUCCUCAAAUUCUGUCUCCAUUAAUCCUCAGGGCUCACCUCAGCAGGACUCUUUCACUAACUGCAGCAAAUCAUCUCUGCAUCCUGGAGUCACCAGUUCCAGUACUAACAACUAACUGUGUACGUUUUAUUAGCAAAAACUUGUGGAUAAUUGAGUGUUGAGUCAGUAUUAUUGAGUGUCCAAUGCAGUUGAUAGUUCUAUCAACAUUUUAAGGUAUAUUUAUGAAAAGUAGUGAAGUGGCUUUCCUGUUAAAAUAUUACUGGUAUAUGGAGAAACUUGGUCUGUUUUUUUCGUCAAAUGUAAUGCAGGACAUUUCAAAUCAAUGCACAGUUUGUUGGCCCGCAGUUCAGAGAUUUAGCAAUAUAUAGUCAACAUUUAUGUACAAUAGGGGCAAAAGUUAAAAUGAAUAUCCUUUUAUGAAGCAGAUUAUUGAAUGUUAAACUCUUCACUUACUUACAUAUGUUCUUGCUUUAUUUAAAAUAGCUACUUAAUAAAACAUUUACUCUGCAAUGGAGUGUCUGCUGAUAUAAACUUUCCCAGCAAAUUUGAACUGUUUGGGGCUGGACUCAAAAGUCGCGUGCUCAUUUCUAAUAUAAGAGGAACAUUCUUCCAGGGGUACAGGGCAUUUUUUGUGAAAGGUCUCUGGUAGGUGUUUUACAGAGGCAUAUAUUGAAGACUCUCCAACCCUCUAAAUCAGCACACAUUUAGUAUUUUAAAUACAAUGACAUGAUUUUUAAGUUCAGGGGAAAAAAUAAUUCUGUUGAACAUAUUUUGUUCUGCCUGUAAAUAUUUUUCAAGAAAUCUGAAAAAUAGUUAUGGAAAAUUGAAGACAACAUUAUUAAAAGUAUUGUUAAUGGCCUGCUUACUGUGUAUGAGACUAAUAACCUUUUUUAAUUUGGCACAUGCUGAACUUGUUGUGUUAGAGGAAUAAGAUAGACUGCAAAUUCCUUGUUCCAUAACUGAGCUACAGUAAACAACACUUUGUUUAUGCUCCUAAUAUGCUACAAAAUGACUCUUAAUUUUGAUGAGUGGUGUUCUUUCCUCAUUCAGUAUUACAUUUUCCAUUGUUGUUGUUGUUGUUGUUGUUGUUGUUGUUGUCUUCAGUCCUGAGACUAGUUUGAUGCAGCUCUCCAUGCUACUCUAUCCUGUGCAAGCUUCUUCAU